AUGGCCAAGGCGUUCGACUCUUUCGAACAAACACGGUUAAAUGAAAAAGAAGCAGCUGCGGAAGAAUCGCGUAGACGUAAAGAAGAAAAAUCAAAUAAAACAAAAAAUUCGGGAUUAUUCGGACUUUUAAACAAAGCCUCUUCAAUGGACCAAUCCCUUUCAAGUGCUGGUAGAAAAUUGCCCCCAUCAAAGGCUAAAGCUAAACGACGACCUAGCGAUCACCAAGCGGCAGCAUUACAAAAUGAACUGUUGCUAACGAAAAAUAAUAGUGGCGAGAUUGCUCCACGUGGAGGGAGGAAUCCGUUUAAGGGAAUGGGUUCACGCCUCGUUGAACGUGUCAGACGUUCUCUCUCUCGGACUGGAAAAAAGCGGAGUCACAGUAGGGAUGAGGGGACUCCCUUGUCAAUGAGUUUAGUUGCAGCAACAGGGAAUAACGAAACAACUACUUUAAUGUCUUCCUCGACAACGGCUGCGAGUAUUAAUGGAUAA